UUUUUUUUUCCUCGUAUUUAUUAUAAUAAAAAGGAACUAAGCUUAUCUCUUUUAUUGCAACUCAAUUUAUUUAUUUUAUUUUUUUUUCUUAACUCUAAUUCUUUUAUUCUGAGUUUGCAACCAUUUUAAAAGUUUUCUUUUUUUUUUUAUUGUUUAUAAUAUAUAUAUAUAUUUAUACAUAUAUAUAAAAUGGCUGAAAACUUUGCAAAAGCAAGCCAGUAUCAAUACGCCGCCACUUCUAGUUUGGUAUUGCAAGCUAACCGUAAAGGUUUGCCACGUAGAGACCAAGAGCCAACAGGCGAACCAGAAACAUUAUGGGGAAAGAUCGAUCCAAAAGAUUUCGGUUCUCGCGCACAAAGAGAAACACCUAAAGAUAUUGAAGAAAAGAAAAAGAAAGCAGCAGCUAAAAAAUCUGGAGAAUUGAAUGAAAAAAGACGUAGAAAGAAAGAAGAAAGCGCCAUUAGCAGAGCAUAUGGUUAUUCUUCUGUUCUUUCAGCUACUGAAGAUUGGGAAGGUCUUAACUAUCGACCUCGUACAAAAGAAACACGCGAAGCUUAUGAACACAUUUUAUCCUUUGUAUAUGAACAUUUAGGCGAUCAAGCACGCGAUGUCAUUCGAAGUGCUGCGGACGACGUAUUAGAAACUUUAAAAACAGAUACAUUAAAAGAUUUUGACAAGAAAAAGGCAAUAGAAACAGUCCUCGGCAACAUUCAAUCUGAAAAAUUUGCUCAACUUGUUAAUUUAGCUAAAAAGAUUACUGAUUAUUCACCAGAUGGUGAAGCUAUGGAAGUGGAUGAAAAUGGUGAAAAAGUGGGUGAGAUUGAUGAUGAACUUGGUGUUGCUGUUGUCUUUGAUGAUGAUGAAGAUGAAGAAGAAGAGGAUGAUCAAUUUGAAAUGAAAGAUGAUGAAGAGGAAGAGGAAGAAGAUCAACUUGCAUUUAACCCAUCUAUUGCAGAAACAGAACCUGUAUCAUCUGAUGAGGAAGAUGGCUUUAAAACCGUUUUGCCUGGACAGCAAAAGAAAAAGAAAUCUGGUAUCAAAAAGUCUGUUGAAGCUGAUGAUACUAUAUAUCCACAUGAUAUUGAUGCAUUCUGGCUUCAACGUCAAAUUGCUGCUCAUUAUCCUGAUGCCCAUACAGCUCAAGAAAAGACUGUUCAAGCCUUUGAAAUUUUAGGAUCUGAAUCAAUCGAUAUUCGUGAUUGUGAAAACGAAUUAAUGGGUUUAUUUGACUAUGAUAAGUUUGACUUGGUGCGUAUUCUUACAAAAAAUCGUGAUAUAAUUUAUUGGUGUACUCGUCUUGCUCGUGUAGAAGGGGAUGACAAGAAAUCGGUAGAAACAGAAAUGCAGGAUAAGAAUAUGGGAUGGAUUUUGCGUAGCUUAAGUGGAGAUCGACAACGUCGUGGUGAAGCUCUUGAAAGAAAGGGCGUUGUAGAUACAGCUAUGGAAAUUGAUGAAGAGCCUACAGCCAAUCGCAGUCGUAGUGAAUUACCCACUACAAUCACAAUCACACCUGGUACUACCGUUGCUCCUCGUCAGCUUUUAGAUUUGGAUGAUCUUGCCUUUGAACAGGGCUCUCAUCUGAUGUCAAAUAAAAAGGUUAAACUUCCUGAUGGUUCCUUUAAGCGUUCCAAGAAAGGUUAUGAAGAAAUUCAUGUUCCUUCGCCUAAACCAGAACAAUAUGCAACAGGUGAAAAGCUUAUUCCUAUUAAAUCUUUACCUGAUUGGGCCCAGGAUGCCUUUGUUGGCCCUAAAACUCUUAAUCGUGUUCAAAGUAGACUUUAUCCAGCUGCAUUUGAUAGUGAUGAAAAUAUCCUUUUAUGUGCUCCUACUGGUGCUGGUAAAACGAAUGUUGCUAUGCUUACUAUGCUACACGAAAUUGGCAAGAAUCGUGAUCCAGAGACUGGCUUAAUUGAUCUCGACGCCUUUAAGAUUGUUUAUAUUGCCCCUAUGAAAGCUUUGGUUGCAGAAGUCGUUGGUAACUUUAGUGAGCGUUUGAAGCCUUAUGGAAUCAGUGUUGCAGAAUUAACAGGUGAUCGACAGUUAACGAAACAGCAAAUCGCUGAAACUCAGGUCAUUGUAACUACGCCCGAAAAAUGGGAUGUGAUUACUCGUAAGGCUACUGAUCGUAGUUACACAGCCUUAGUUCGCCUUAUUAUCAUUGAUGAAAUUCAUUUAUUGCAUGAUGAUCGAGGUCCUGUUUUAGAAAGCAUUAUUUCUCGUACCAUUCGUAAUAUGGAGCAAACUCAAGAACUUGUUCGUCUUGUUGGUUUGUCUGCUACUUUACCUAACUAUAUAGAUGUUGCUGCUUUCUUACGUGUCAACACCAAAACAGGCUUAUUCCAUUUUGACAGUUCUUACCGUCCUUGUCCUUUAAAGCAACAGUUUAUUGGUAUUACCGAAAAGAAGGCUAUUAAACGAUUCCAAGCUAUGAAUGAAGUUUGUUAUGAAAAGGUGAUGGAACAAAUUGAACAAAAGGAAGAAAACCAAGUUCUUGUCUUUACACAUUCUCGUAAAGAAACUGCCAAGACUGCUAAAACACUUCGUGAUAUGGCUUUAGAAAAGGAUACAAUUGCUCGCUUCUUAAAACAAGACUCCGCUAGUCGUGAAAUUUUACAAUCCGAAGCUGCAACGGUUAAAGAUCCUAACCUUCAAGAUCUUCUACCUUACGGCUUUGCUAUUCAUCAUGCUGGUAUGACACGUGCGGAUCGUACACUUGUAGAAGAACUAUUUGCUGAUGGACAUAUUAAAGUCCUUUGCUCUACUGCCACUCUUGCUUGGGGUGUCAAUUUACCUGCACACGCAGUCAUUAUCAAGGGCACUCAAAUCUAUUCUCCUGAAAAGGGUCGUUGGGUUGAGCUUUCUCCUCAAGAUGUUCUUCAAAUGUUGGGUCGUGCCGGUCGUCCACAGUUUGACACUUAUGGUGAAGGUAUCAUUAUUACAUCUCAUUCUGAGUUACAAUACUAUUUAUCACUUUUGAAUACACAACUUCCUAUCGAAUCCCAAUUUAUAUCUCGACUUGCUGACAAUCUUAAUGCUGAAAUUGUUCUUGGUACAAUUCGAAACCGUGAUGAAGCUGUUCAAUGGUUAGGUUAUACAUAUUUAUAUGUUCGUAUGCUUCGCAAUCCUUCCUUAUACAGUGUUUCACAAGAUGAUCUUGAGGAUGAUCCUCACUUGGAGCAAAAGCGUGUUGAUUUAAUUCACUCUGCAGCCACCGUUUUGGAUAAGUGUAACCUUAUAAAGUAUGAUAAAAAGUCUGGACGUUUCCAACUUACAGAAUUGGGUCGUAUUGCCUCUCAUUAUUAUGUAACACAUCAUUCUAUGUCUACCUAUAACCAACAUUUGAGACCUAUGAUGAGUGAAAUUGAAUUAUUCCGUGUUUUUGCUCUUUCAGAUGAAUUUAAAUAUAUUCCUGUCCGUGAAGAGGAAAAGAUGGAAUUACAAAAGAUGUUAGAACGUGUGCCAGUCCCUGUAAAGGAGGGCCUUGAAGAACCUACUGCUAAAAUUAACGUUCUCUUACAAGCAUAUAUCUCUCAAUUAAAAUUGGAAGGCUUUGCUUUAGUGUCUGAUAUGGUAUAUGUUACUCAGAGUGCUGGACGUAUUCUACGUGCUAUGUUUGAAAUUUGCUUAAAGCGUGGUUGGGCCCAAUUGACUAAAAAGGCCUUGAAUCUUUGUAAAAUGGUUGAGAAACGUAUGUGGUUACCUAUGUCUCCUUUGCGUCAAUUUAAGGCUAUGCCCCAUGAUAUUAUUCGUCGUUUGGAGCGUAAGGAAUUCCCUUGGGAGCGAUAUUUUGACUUAAAUCCUCAAGAGUUGGGUGAGUUGAUUGGUCAACCUAAAGCGGGUCGUUCUCUUCACAAAUUUGUACAUCAAUUCCCUAAGUUAGAUCUUCAAGCUCAUGUUCAACCUGUAACGCGUUCUUUACUUAAGGUUGAAUUGACAAUUACCCCUGACUUCCAAUGGGAUGAAAAAGUACACGGGCUUGCUGAAGCUUUCUGGAUAUUAGUUGAAGAUGUAGAUGGUGAACAUAUAUUAUACCAUGAUUAUUUCAUUUUAAAGCAAAAGUAUGCUGAAGAAGAGCAUUUAGUUACCUUCACUGUUCCUCUUUUCGAGCCAUUACCUCCCAAUUACUUUGUUGCUGUUGUUGCUGAUCGUUGGUUACAUUGUGAAACCAAAUUACCUGUCUCUUUCAAGCAUUUGAUACUUCCUGAAAAAUAUCCUCCUCAUACCGAACUUCAUGAUCUUCAACCUUUACCGCUUUCUGCUUUACGUAAUCCUGACUAUGAAAAACUUUAUUCUAGCUGGAUUAAUCACUUUAAUCCUAUUCAAACACAAGUCUUUAAUGCCCUUUAUACAACUAAUGAUAAUACCUUUAUUGGUGCUCCUACAGGCUCUGGCAAAACCAUUUGUGCUGAAUUUGCUCUUCUUCAUUUGUGGAAUCAAUCAAAUGAUUCUCGUGCCGUCUAUAUUGCUCCUUUCCAGGAGCUUGUAGAUGAGCGUACUGCUGAUUGGGCUGAAAAGUUUGGUAAAUUGAAUAAGGAGGUCGUUUCCUUAACUGGCGAAACUAGUGCUGACUUGAAACUGUUGGAACGUGGUGAUAUUAUUUGUUGUACUCCUACCCAAUGGGAUGUUAUUUCUCGUCGCUGGAAACAAAGAAAGAAUGUCCAAAAUGUUGAUUUAUUUAUCGCUGAUGAAAUUCACAUGAUUGGUAGUGCCCUUGGACCAACCUAUGAAGUUAUUGUUUCAAGAAUGAGAUACAUUGCUUCUCAAACUCAAAAAACUAUUCGUAUAGUUGCCUUGAGUACUUCACUUGCUAAUGCUCGUGAUUUAGGCGAAUGGAUUGGUGCUACAUCAUAUUCUGUCUUUAAUUUCCAUCCCUCUGUCCGUCCUGUUCCUUUGGAGAUUCAUAUUCAAAGCUAUAAUGUUCCUCAUUUCGCAUCGCUUAUGAUCGCUAUGGCCAAACCUACAUAUCUUGCUAUCACCGGUCACGCCAAUAAUAAGCCUUCUGUUGUCUUUGUUCCCUCAAGAAGACAAUGCAGAUUAACUGCUAUUGAUCUCAUUACAUAUUGUGUUGCAGAUGAUAAGCCUUAUCAAUUUUUGCAUUGUAAACCAGAAGAAAUUGAAUCUCUUUUAGAACGCAUUCAAGACAAAUCCUUAGUUGAGACACUUCGACAUGGUAUUGGUUUUUAUCAUGAAGCUCUUUCUAAACAAGAUAAGAGAAUUGUAGAACAACUCUUUGAAUCUGGAGCUAUUCAAGUUAUUAUUGCCUCUCGUGAUACUUGUUGGGGACUUUCUCUUCAUUCCCAUAUGGUUAUUAUUAUGGGUACUCAAUACUUUGAGGGUAAAGAGCAUCGUUAUGCCGAUUAUCCUAUUACAGACAUCUUGCAGAUGAUGGGUCGUGCCUGUCGUCCUAAUGUUGAUGAGACUGGAAAAUGUGUUCUUAUGUGUCAAGCUAAUAAGAAAGAGUACUAUAAGAAGUUCCUCUAUGAAGCUUUACCUGUUGAAUCACAUUUAGAUCAAUCAUUACAUGAUCACUUCAAUGCUGAAGUUGUGACUAAGACUAUCGAGAACAAACAAGAUGCGGUUGAUUAUCUCACAUGGACAUUCUUGUACCGUCGUAUGGCUCAUAAUCCAAAUUAUUAUGGUUUGCAAGGCACAUCACAUCGUCAUCUUUCUGAUCAUCUCUCUGAACUAGUAGAAUCAACACUCAAUGAUUUGGAAGAAACCAAGUGUAUUACUAUUGAAGACGAGAUGGAUGUUAGCCCUCUUAAUUUGGGUAUGAUUGCUGCAUACUAUAACAUUAACUAUACAACGGUCGAUAUGUUUAGCGUUAGUUUGAAGAACACAACCAAACUCAGGGGCCUUUUGGAAAUUGUAUCAUCUUCUACCGAAUUUGAUAAUAUUCCUAUUCGUCAUCAUGAAGAAGCUGUUCUCAAACGUAUUUAUGAUCGUGUUCCUGUUAAGUUGGCAUCACCUAAAUUCAAUACUCCUCGAAUUAAGACUAAUAUUUUAUUGCAAGCACAUUUCUCUCGUGUUCAAUUACCACCUGAUCUUCAAUCUGACCAAACAUUAAUUCUAGAAAAGAUUAUUCCAUUAUUGCAAGCUUGUGUUGAUGUUAUUUCUUCUAAUGGUUGGUUAUCACCUGCAUUAGCUUGUAUGGAAUUAUCACAAAUGUCAGUUCAAGCCAUGUGGGAUCGUGACUCACCUCUUAAACAAAUCCCUUACUUUACUAACGAAAUCAUUAAGCGUUGUGAAGAUAAAGAAGUUGAAUCUGUAUUUGAUAUUAUGGAGCUUGAAGAUGAUGUUCGUAAUGAUUGUCUUCGUUUGGAUCAACGCAAGUUGCGUGAAGUUGCUCGAUUUGUCAAUAGAUACCCUAAUAUUGAAGUUGGUUUCGAAGUUAGUGAUAAAGAUUCUGUAUCCGCUGGUAAUGUUGUUAAUGUUAGAGUUCAACUUGAGCGUGAAGUCGAUGAAGAAGAUGAGGAACAAGAUAUUGGUCCAGUCAUUGCUCCAUUCUUCCCCAAAAAGAAGGACGAAGGUUGGUGGGUUGUUAUUGGUGAUCCAGAGACAAAGACUUUAUUAGCUAUUAAGAGAGUGACACUGCAGCAGAAAUUGAAUGUGAAAUUAGAUUUUAUUGCUCCUAAAGCUGGCCAACAUACAUUAAAGGUUUAUUUGAUGUCUGAUAGCUAUAAUGGCUGUGAUCAAGAAUUAGAUAUGGAGUUAGACAUUGCAGAAGGUGAGAGCAGUGAAGAAGAAAGUGACUCUAUGGAUGAAGAUGAAGAAUAAAAAAAAAAAAGAAAGAAAAAAAAAAAACUUUCCAUUGUCCUAUAAUUCUCUAGUUUUAUCUUUUUUUUUUUUAUAUAGUGUUAAAUAAAAUAAAAAAAACAAAA